CUGUUUUACCGCCAGAGAAUUGACAUGAAUAACAUGAAUAAGUCGGACCUUGACUUAGUACAGCUGCUCAAGAAAUUUGAUCCGGAUACAAAGUCCUUCAAAUUUGGAACCAAAUCAUUCCAAAUCACAGGCAAUGCAGUGACUCAGAUUCUAGGACUGCCAAAUGAAGGCAAAUCUGUCAAACUUGUCAAUGAUAGGUACACUGCUACCUUCAAAUCAAGGCACUUUGGAGAAAAGGGAAAACCAUAAAAAAAACCAGGUAGAAGCAGAAUUACAAAAGACAAUUGCCUUUGCAAACCAACCGAAGAAAGAAAAGGCAAAGACAGAGCAAAAGAAAAAAACGAACAAAGGAAAAGAAAAGAAAGAAGCUGAAGAAGAAGAAGAAGUUGAUUACGACAAGGAGGUGGUCAGCCUAAUAUUGAUUCUGCUGUGCAUGACAUUCCUUUUUGCCAACUCUUCAUCUACUUUGCAUUGGAAAUUAUUUGAGCACUGUGUGAAUCUAGACACACUUUUGAAGCUAUUCGUGGGCAAGAGCUGUUUCAGCCUACAUGAAUGAAUCCUUGACCGCAAAAGCAAAAGCAAAAGCAAAGAAGGGAGGAGAAGCCUCUAUAGGAGCUGUUUCGGGUUGCACUAUCCUAAUAUUGUUUCUACUGUGUGAGAGGACAAACAUCAUACAACCAAUCCUUGGCAAGGAGAAAGAAACUCCUGCCAUUCUUAAAUGGAGUCUUGUGGAACUCCACACAAGAUUCAACCAAAUAAAGGACUUGAAUGACAUCGAGGGUAUUUUCAAAACUCCUAAAAAGCGAAAAACUACCAGGGAAGAGGAAGACACUGUUGAGAAGGUAAUUGAAAUCUGUAUACAGUGCAUUGCAGUUUGUGUUUUCUACAUUGCAGUUUGCAUUUUAUCCAAUGCAGUUUCUGAAUCAUUCAAUCUCAUUGUACAGGGUAUUUUGAAAACAUAUAAAAAGAGAAAAACUACCGGAGAAGAGGGAGACCCUCUUGACAAGGAAAAAGAAAAAGAAGAUGAUGAGGGACAACAAGGAGAAGCAGAGGAAGCAGAAAACCAAGGAAAACCUGAUGAUGCUGAUCAAACUCCAGAAUUAAAAGAGGCUGGAAAGAAGAAAAUGUUUGAGAAUGAAGCUGGAAAAGAACCUCUUGCAAUUCAAGACCUCUUGGUGAAGUCCAUGACAGACCAAAUCAACUACCGCCAACAACAAGAUCCUAGCUUCGUUUGCCCAGAAAGAUUACAACUGUGGAAGGAUGAAAAAAAUGAAGACAGUGAGAAGAAAAUGAAGGAAUUGUGA